GUCUCAAGUCAACGAUGAUCAUUCACUUCGACUACCUUAUGUUCACAGUUUCCAUUCUGCAGGUGGUAAGUGAAUCUACUGUUUUCUACUCAAACUUUCUCCAUUGUUUACUAGAACCAACAACAGUUCAUUAAUCAGUACUUCAGGGAAGGGAACAGAGCAUCUACUACUGGACGACAAGUCAAGGACUUGUUGAUGACCGGGGACAUCGGGAGCCUGCUGGAUCGUCAGAUAGCAGUUGAUAUCAUCUAUGACCUGGCUGACCGAUAAGAACAAUUGACAAGGAUUCAGUAGAACGGUUGUUUCAGGCAUCUACUACUGGACGACAAGUCAAGGACUUGUUGAUGACCGGGGACAUCGGGAGCCUGCUGGAUCGUCAGAUAGCAAUUGAUAUCAUAUAUGACCUGGCCGGCCGAAGACGCCUGGUCACGAAAGACGAUAUCACAGACAAGUACCGAACAUUCUGGGUGCAGACGGACCGGCUGGGCCUACCCUUCGUUCGGGACCCUGAGACUGGACACAAGUACCUGGUCAAGUACAGUCGCACAAGUAAAGGAGUGGACCUCUACCGGAUCACGAAGGGAAGGUACGGUGCUCCCGUGGUUGCUGACUGGGCUACUAUGACCGUAAACCGGAUUAAACUGAACAGACACGGUGAAGUAGAACUGAUACCGAUCAAAGGAGAAAUGUCCAGCUCUAAGUUCGGCUGGUUAAAUUAAUUUGCCAUCACUUAAAACAGAAUGUGCAUUAUUUUAUUUAUUUUUAUGAUUCGAUAAAAAGGCUAUCCAAAUGUAACAAGUGUUUUGUGAGGCAAGAAUAGUAGUAGAAAGAAGAGUGCAGCUAUUUUAAUAUUGAAACAAUACUAUAGUAACAUGCAAAUGCAAAUGAUCUACUAUAAUUUAACUUACAGAACACAGAACGUGUAUUACAUACAAUAGCUUGGUCUUUUUGUGUAUUUUCAAUGCAUAUCCAGUUGUCAGUGAGAAUGUGUUGCUGAUACUGGUUCGUCAAUAGUUUUUAAGUUAAUUGAGACAUCAUGCCAAAUACUUUACAUUAAAGAGUAACCUGAUGUUUAGUAUGAUUGAUAGAUCUGUAUGAGUGUAGGUUCAUGUAACAUUUUAUUAAUCGACAUAGUGUUCUGUUAUUAAUUUAAUUUACAAAAUAGUUUGUAAAUUAUUUUUCAUUAAUUUUACAAUGAUUUAUUUAUGAGCAGUUUAACAUAAGACGAGGCCAUUUCGCUCUGACUUUGUGUGCUGAAAUAAAGAUCUUUUAAUUUUGUGAUA